CCGGAAACGAGCGGCUGGUGUUACACAGAAUUCUGUCCCCCGUGUCUGUCGCCGGUUAGUGCGCGCUGUCAACAUGGCUGCUCCUGCGUGCGCCAGAUUCCUCCUUCAGAGAUCAACACAGCAUAUUCUCUUCUCUAGGACAGUACCCGCUUUCUCAAGCCCAUUUCUGUCUCGUGCACAUCGGUUAGGUCCCAGUGAUGAUGAAAUGUACCAGCGUACCACAGUGUCGGUCAUGAAGAAGGAGAAGGGCAGUGGGCACAUGAUCUACAGCUACAACCCCCGAGGGUUCAACAUAGAUGGCAACAGGGUGAUCGGGCCCUGUGCUGUGCUGCCUCCUGCUAUCCUCCAGUGGAAUGUUGGCAGUUAUAAAGACAUCACAGAAGAAAGUGUUUCACUUUUCCACAUGCUCGAACCGAGAAUAGAGAUCCUCGUGCUGGGGACAGGUGCACGGCUUGAACGAAUUGACCCCUUAGUCUUCGCUCUACUUAAGAGAAAGGGCAUUGCUUUGGAGGUGCAAGACACGCCAAAUGCAUGUGCAACCUUUAAUUUCCUGAUUAGUGAGGGAAGACUGGCAGCAGCCGGUCUGAUCCCUCCAUCCAUCAGCACCGCACUGGACUUGAUAAAGGAAUGAAUGCUCUGAUGUCAAUACAAACUGGAACUGAUUUCUGCAAAUGGAGGUUUGAGGUUCCUGACUGAUCUCAGGCCUGUGGGAUGGCUGUUCUACCUGCGCACAAAGCUUCCAAAGGAGCAUACUCAAGCUACACCCAGCUCUCUGAUCUCCUGUGUGUACGAGUGCUCAGGAGAAUAUUGUCAAGGGAGGACAUCCAUAAUGGAGAACAAGAAUGUAAUAAAGUGUAACUUUAUUCUUGUUUAUAAAAUAUAUAUUUAAAAGCUUUACAUGCAACAAUAUGGAAGCUCAUUUCUGCCAGUGUGAUGGAAGAAAACAGAUCCUACUGGUCAUUAUUAUCUGUACGUAGAUUCAGUCACUGAAGACUGCUUUACAUGUGCAUUCACAAAUUGUGUGUUUUCAGUGGUUUGGAUAAUUCACAAAAUACCAAACUAAUCCGCCAGUAUCCAUUUUCUGUUUGUGCUCUGUCUCACUUUGUCACUUUGUCUCUGCUCUACACAUACAAAUGUGUACAAAUGUCAAAUGUGUUUCCCACUUCUUCAAGAAAACCUCUCAUCAUAACGACUUAUAGGAUAUUUGUUUUUCACCACAUGGAUAGAAAUGGGCUUCCAUACAGCAAACAAUAACUGUCGUUAUCUUAACGUGUAGUAACACCUACAUGGAACAGUAAUUCCUUUAAAAGAAAUCUGUCAGCAGAUAAAAGGGUUCUGUGUAUGGAAAAAAGUAAGAAUACUUUGUAUAUGAACAUGUUCCAGCCCUCCACCCGCUGUGUCGGUGGUGACUGUCCUUCAUUUAGUUAAUCCUCUUUACUCUGUGCGUCUGCCUGCAGCAGGGCUGCCAUCAACAAGCUGCCUGUGUGCAGCACAUGACAUUAUUCAGUGGCUUUGUCCUUCUCACACAUAAGCCCCACAAAUAAAAGACUCCACAAAUCCUCCGCA